GGAAGUCGGACUGUCCUAGAUAUACUGUGUAUAUCCUGAGCGAAAUCAUUUUCCACACUCCAUUUCAGUUGGUGGCGGUAGUGAACCAUUAAGUUGUUUUACCAGCCAACACAACGAAUUCAGAAGAGGUAGAAGAAAAAGUGAAAACGCAACAGCUGUAGAAGAAGAAAAAGAAGAAGAAAAAGAAGAAGAAAAAGAAGAAGAAACAACAGCAGCAGUAGCACUCGAAGAAGCAGCAGCACGCGAAGAAGUCGUUGCACAUCUCAUGAUGUGAUUAAAUUCCUUGUCUUCUGCGACAUAUUCGCGAUAGGUCUGUAUCUUAACAUAGCUGGUUUAGAGAAGGCUCUUUUGUAUUUUUUGCGAAAAAAUGCGAAAUUCGGAGUCGACAGCUAUCCUACCGUGAAAACAUAAUGGAUAACUGGUGUCAAGCUUAGACGUACACAAUUUGAAGUUAUCCAUGUGUCGUUUGUCCUAGUGGGAUUUUUUUUCCAGUUAGUCAAUCAGCGAACGGAGACCUGUGGGGGUCAAAAUCUAACAUGAAAUUCACAGAGCAUCUUUCGGCUCACAUCACCCCGGAAUGGAGAAAACAGUAUAUUCAGUAUGAGGCUUUCAAAGAGAUGUUGUAUGCGGCUCAGGACCAGGCCCCAUCCAUUGAAGUGACAGAUGAGGACACCGUUAAAAGGUAUUAUGCAAAGUUUGAAGAGAAGUUCUUCCAGACAUGUGAAAAAGAGCUGGCCAAGAUUAACACAUUUUAUUCAGAAAAGCUGGCUGAGGCUCAGCGGAGAUUUGCCACGCUACAAAAUGAAUUGCAGUCAUCAUUGGAUGCCCAGAGGGAGAUUGUCACGAAUGGGCGGGGUCUACGAAGGAGGAAAACAGUCUUUACCCUAUCACAGCAAGAGAGAUGCAAACACAGGAAUAUAAAAGACCUUCAGCUGGCCUUCUCAGAGUUCUACCUCAGUCUGAUCCUGUUGCAGAACUACCAGAACCUGAAUUUCACAGGCUUCAGAAAGAUCUUGAAGAAGCAUGACAAGAUUUUGGAUACAUCACGGGGUGCUUAUUGGAGAGUUGCCCAUGUUGAAGUCGCUCCAUUCUACACUUGCAAGAAAAUCACACAGCUUAUAUCUGAAACUGAGGCAUUGGUCACAACAGAGUUGGAAGGUGGUGACAGGCAGAAGGCCAUGAAGAGACUAAGGGUACCUCCCUUGGGAGCUGCACAGCCAGCUCCUGCUUGGACCACCUUUAGAGUUGGCCUUUACUGUGGAGUUUUCCUCGUCUUACUGGUCACUGUCAUCAUUACAGGAGCUGUUAUGUUUCCCAUCGCUGACGUUUGGCCAAUGAUCAGAAUCUACAGAGGAGGCUUCCUGUUAAUAGAAUUCCUCUUCCUCUUAGGUAUUAACACCUAUGGCUGGAGGCAAGCAGGAGUCAACCAUGUGCUUAUAUUUGAACUCAAUCCCAGAAACAACCUCUCCCAUCAACAUCUGUUUGAGAUUGCAGGCCUUUUGGGGGUGUUGUGGUGUGUCAGCCUGCUGUCAUGUCUGUUUAGUGACAGUAUUCCAGUACCGAUGCAGGCCAAUCCUUUGGCUCUUUAUGGCUUCUUCAUUAUCUUUCUUAUCAACCCAUUCAAGACCUGUUACUAUAAGUCACGCUUCUGGCUUCUCAAACUUCUGUUUCGGGUAAUGACUGCACCAUUCCAUCGUGUUGGCUUUGCUGACUUCUGGUUGGCUGACCAGUUGAACUCUUUGGGAGUUGUUUUGUUAGAUAUAGAGUAUAUGAUCUGUUUUUAUAGUUUUGAACUUGACUGGAGAAAACACGAUGGACUCAUCAACAGUGAAGGUAACGAUGUGUGUAAUACCUACUCCUAUGGCAUCCGUGCAGUGGUUCACUGUCUUCCUGCUUGGUUCAGAUUCAUCCAGUGUCUUCGUCGUUACCGGGACACGAAAAGGGCCUUCCCUCACCUGGUUAAUGCUGGGAAAUACUCAACUUCCUUCUUUGUUGUAACUUUUGCUGCCCUUUACAGCACACAUAAAGCUCAAUCAUAUGAUGAUGCCAAGAUCUUCUUUUACUUGUAUGUCACAUGUUUGGUGGUCAGCUCAUUUUACACACUAGUCUGGGAUCUGAAGAUGGACUGGGGCCUUUUUGACCGGAAUGCUGGAGAAAACACCUUUUUGAGGGAAGAGAUCGUCUACCCACACAAGGCCUAUUACUACAGUGCCAUUGUGGAGGAUGUACUAUUAAGAUUUUCAUGGAUUUUAACCAUCUCCCUCAGCACAAUCACCAGUUUUCAUGGCAUCUCUGACAUCCUAGCAACUGCACUAGCCCCAAUGGAGGUCUUCAGGCGGUUUGUAUGGAACUUCUUCAGACUGGAGAAUGAACAUUUGAAUAACUGUGGUGAAUUCAGAGCUGUCAGAGACAUUAGCGUGGCUCCACUAAAUGCUGAUGACCAGACUCUGCUGGAGCAGAUGAUGGAUCAAGAGGAUGGAGUCAGGAACCGACAAGGCAAAAAGAGCUGGAAACGGAGCUAUAGCAUGAGUCUACGUAGGCCAAGACUUGCAUCACAAUCCAAGACUCGUGACACCAAAGUUUUGAUCGAUGAUACAGAUGAUGACUCCUGACAUCAGGCCACGCCCCUUGCCUGGGUCCAUAAUUUAUUCCGAGGAAAUGCUUCCUAACCAAGGAUCUACCCAGCAAGUUGGGCGUUGAACUCACCUGAGUUUUAAGACUCUCAUGCCUCUGGAUGAGCCUCAAUGCAUGAGCCUCUGCACAGGUUCAGAACUAUUUCAAAAGAGAGAGCAAAAUUGAGAGUGCAAGCAAAACUGUCACUGAAUACUUUUACCUAUCAUUUACCUUCACUCAUAACCUUCAAUAUUCUUACCUCAUCCGACAAGAGAGUGGAACUACUACACUUGUAAUCACCAAAACCCCAGAUGUAUUAAACUACACCCGCUCCUCAACAUUCCUCUCCUCCAACCCUCCAGUUUGGGAUUGACAAUCCAGGUUUUUGGAACCUAAGCAGACUAACAUGCACUGUCUGUGAUACACUGCAAAAGUGGAUUGAGGAGUAUAAAUUUGUUUAGGAAAUGUUCAUUCCAGUUCCAGGAACACCAUAUUCCCAGCUUUCUAAACAUCCGGUGACGUUUGAAAUAUUUACAUAGUUAUUUAUAAGUGUAUUAGUCAAAAUGUCUGUUACAUGUUGAUUCUGUGACUGUAGGCAAAUUUAUUUCGAGAUGCGUACUCUGAAUUCAAACAUUUUCCACCAUAAUUCUUUAUCUGAACAAAUGAAAAUGUGUCACUUUUGUGGUAGUUCUUAACUAUUAUUAUUUUUAUAGCGCCUCUCAAGGGACCCAAGCAUGCCAAAUAUAUGUAACAAUCGGUUAAUAUUUUUAUCAUUAUCUGCAGCACAAUGCAAGGCCAAAUGUGAUAUUGGGCUCGACAUUCACGCUCAUCCCAAGUCUGACAUUUUCUAACUGUGCGCAUGGGCGGGCUAAACUUGGUUUUGGUAUUUUCGCAGACACAUGCAGUUAGAAAUGGGUGGCUUGCACCAUUGUGGGUGUGAACACAGCCAAAUUGCUUCACAGCCAGUGGAAGCGGCUCCUCUCAUUCCCUUUAAAAUCUGUGUGUGAGUGGUGCAUAUUCUUUGGCAUGACAGAAGCAGAAUCUGAUUUCCUGAAGUCCAUGCAGGAGGUUGAAGUGUGCAAAGUACAUCAGUGAGGAACUGCAAGCAGACGUCGAUGGACGACGAUGUAAAGAUGGCCAGGGUGGUCACUCGUGUUGGGCAUCAAUAACCGUGAAUCGAAUAGAACUGAGACAAUCAUUGCAGGCCUCUCAGAAUCGUUCCAAUUUUAAAAUGUUAGUUUGAAAUUUCAAUUCUGAGUUAGCUGCGUGGGAAAGGCACGAACAAAGGAGGACCUAAGGAAAAUGUGUACCGUGUGCAACCCCUCCCGCUGCCAAGGUGCAUGACAGCUUGUCCCUGCUGGCUGGUCCUCUCGCCGUCCGUUCACCACCAUGUGCCGAAGACACGCGUGCCACAGUGGCAACCCUGGACCCGCGGCAUUAACUUUCUGCAGGCAGCAUGACUGAGAACUAUAUGGAUCACAAUAUUCGGCUAAGUGCAUCUAUGCUAUUAUUAGGCCAACAAGUUAAACUGGAACUAAAAUAGUGAGUAACAAACUAUAAUUUAAACUAAUAUAACUAACUAACUAAUAUUUAACUUACAGCAUAGACAGCAAGAGCAUAAUAAUAAAAAUAAAAAAUCUGAUUUGUAUAGCGCUUCUCUGAUAACUCGGACGCUUCACAGCGGAUAGAUUAUUCAUGUAACAUGCAACAUAGUGUAUGAUUACAUCAACUGCUAAGAUUACAUUUUCCUUGGUUGCCCUUCAAAUGCAGCUUCAUGUUUUUCAAAUACAGACCAUAAUCUGUUCCAGAAGGCUGUUAAAAAGCAAUUUGUUUGUUCAAAAUCCGAAACUAUUUUACAAGCCCAUGAUUAGGGGCUAAUACACAAUGCAGAAAUAACAAAAAAAACAGUCAGAUUUGCAUAAAUUACAAUAAACACGUCUGCUCACAAUGAACGUUACACGAGCAAGCGUCACUUCCUCGUGUAAGGAAGCCGAGAGGAGUCGAGUGGCAUAUUCCGGUUUGCUCAGUUUGGUUGAAUACCGGUUUUCGGUCGUAAUCCGAGGCGUAAUAAAAUUUUCUGGUCGAACACCGAUUUGGUCGAGAACAGACACGUUCGAAAACCAAGGUUUGACUGUGCAGUACAGUUUUUUAUGCCUCGGAUUACGAUCGAAAAUCGGUUCUUGACCAAACUGAGUGCACAUGAAUGCGCCACUCGACUCCUCUCGCCAUCCUUACAUGAGGAAGUGUAGUGUUCCAUUGUAAGUAGAAGUGUUGAAUAAAGCUUUUUUUUUAAAGCAUCCAUUGUGAAUGGACAUGUUCAAAAAAAGAUUUUUUUUAAAAGCAUCGUGUUUGUUGACAUCUACACAAAUCGGAAUGUUAUUUCUGCAUUGUGUAUCAGCCCCUAAUCAUGGCAUCAAAGAAAACAAGUGGAAGUAGUAAAGCUGGUGGAAAAAAAGAGAAAAAUAGUGCACAAAAUUAUUGAAUUUAAUAAAGCUUUGAUGGCGAAAUAUGAAUCAGGUGUGCGUGUGUUUGUAUGGGCUAAGGAGUUCGGCAUGCCGAAAUCUACAAUAGCAGCAUCCUAAAAAAGAAAGCCCAUCUUAAAGUCACUGAUGUGGCUAAAGGAUCUUGUGUGUUUAGCAAACAAAGGCCACAAAUAUUAGAGGAAGUGGAGAAAGUUUUGCUUAUUUUCAUAAAUGAGAAACAGCUAGCAGAGGACAGUCUUAGCCAAGAUACAAUUUGUGGUAAAGCAAGACAAUUGUAUGGAGAUUUGAUUUAAAAAAAAGGAUCCUAGCAUCGCCCCUGAAGAGUUGGAUUUGAAAGCAAGCAGAUGGUUUAAAAAGUUUAGGACAAAAAGUGGGAUUCGUCAUGGGGAGGCAGCCAGUUCAGACAAGGAAGCUGCCGAAAAGUUUCAAGUUGAGUUUGAAAAUCUCAUCAAGGCCGAGGAAUAUCUUCCUCAGCAAACUUUUAAAAUGGACGAGACUGGACUUGUGUGGAUAAAGUGGUUUAGAAAAUGGAUGGAGAGAUGUUACCUCAUACCAUUACUUUAGGGUUUAUUAGUUCAAGGUGUAAAAUUAUGUAAUCUGUAAUUGUCAUGAUGAGAGAGAGUGAGAGAGAAAUGUUACAAUGUUAAUGUUUGUUAAAAUUUUUAAAAAUAAAACAUACAAAAUGUUUGUACAGUUUGUUUGUACAGUAUUUUGCAUAUUACUUGCUCUCUUAUUACACGUGUAUAUAGUUUAUGGUGUAAAAUAGUUUAAAAAUGCUUGAAAAAAAGUUGUUUUCCAGACCUGGAACGGAUUAAAAUUUAUUAUAUUGAUUAUAAUGGGAAACAGUUUCGGUUUUCGAACAGCCUUCUGGAACAGAUUAUGGUCGAAAACCGAGGUAUGACUGUAUAUGUUUUUU